UUAACUGUAGCAAAGUCACGCUGUGAGAAGAGGAUAUUUAAAUUAGGAGGACCAGACUAUAAAUACUAUACUGGGGAAACGCAAGAGGGUAGCAAACAGUCUUCAACUUUACCUGGACACAAGGUGAUGCCAUUUAAAGAAAUCAUGUCUUCAGCUAUUGGUAGGGAAUAUUUUGAAUCAUUUUUGCAGAGAGAUUCCAAUGAGUCAUUGUUAGGCUUCUGGAAUGCUGUGAAAAAUCUUAAAGAAGCUGACAAAAAACAACAUCAUAACAUGGGUGCAGACAUCUACCAAAGGUUUAUCUCUAGUUCAACCAGUGUUGUCAAGGUAGAUAAGUCACUGGCAAAGAAAAUGGAAACAUUCAUGCUCGGUGAUUCUGGACCAGAAGCAUUCUAUGAAGCACAAGAACAAGUGUAUAAAGUGUUAGAGAGACAGCAUUACCCAUCAUUCCUAGUUAGUGAUAUCUUUCACAAGUACGUUACUUUGAUUGAAGAGCAGGGAGGGGAGGCAACUGGUGCAUCAGGAAAAGAUGAGUUAUUUUUUGAGCCAAAGGAGGGUUUAACAGAUGAUGAGGAAGAUGAAAUGUUCUCAGCACAAUCUUAUCAUGCUAAACAAAAACUACAACAACUCACUACAAAAAUCACAAACAAAACACAAGCACUAGAUGCUCUAAGAGCAUCAGGGAAACCUGAUGCAAAGAUGCUGAAAGUUCAGGAAGAGUUACAGGGUGUGAUAAAUGACGUGGAGGAGGAGAGACGUAGGUUAGAUGCCCACAUCAGGAGAACUGAACAGUGGUGUGAGAAUGUAGGAAAAUGGACAGCACAUAUAUAUGAAGCUGAAAUUCAGAAUGAAGGAGAUAAGAAAGUACCAGUGUUUGUCCUAGUUAUUCACCUAUCAGGUAGUUCUUCACAGAAUCUGCAGAGUAGUACCCAGGGCUGGGUGGUCAAUAGGAAACUACAGGACUUCUAUGCUGUGCAUGAAAAACUUGUACAGAUUGAACCAUGGUUAAAGAACAAGGAUCUGCCUAAAAUAAGAGCAUUUACAACUGUAGAUCAGAAAUUCUUAAAUGAAGCCAAAGCAUUAUUGAAUGAAUAUCUCAAGGUUAUAAUGAGAGAUUUACGUUUGUCUGACAGCCAGGCUUUGUACGGAUUCUUGACCCCAACACCGGAGUAUUUCCAGCAGCCAGGACAAGAAAAGAAAAGUGGAUUCUUCCUUAGAAAUUUGUUUAGGAAUUUGCCAAGUAUUGGUCAAGAUAGUAGAGAUACAGAUGAAGAGCUACUUUUCUCUUCAGAAGACAAAACGGAGGAUAGAAGUAAAGAUUCCAUUGCAGAACCUCUGUAUUCUCUUAUCAGUGAAGUAUAUGAGCUACAUGGCAUGUUUAAAUGGUUGAGGAAAAGUUUUAUUUCAUUUGUUGAGGUUACAUUUGGAAGAUCUAUUAAUAGGCAGCUUAGAGAAACUAUAUACUGGAUUUUCUCAGAGCCUAUGAUAAUAUAUUACAUCAGAAAUUUCAAGGAAUCAAUGUGGCCACAUGGUGUUUUGGCUCCAUCAUUACCACCAAGGUCUGAUGAAGAGAAAUUGAGAACCAGGCUAAAAGCUAAAGAGAAGUUUUUGCAAAUACAGCCAGAUGCUGUGAAAACUUUAGUUGGUGAAGAAAACAAGAGACGGGGAACAAUCAAGAUGUUUGAAGUACUUCAGGACACCAGGCUAAACAAACAACUAUUUUAUGGUAUGCUACUUUUACUUAUACAACAUGUUGUGCCUGAACUUGGUGCUAUGUUGUCCCAAGUUGAAGAUAUGGAGGACUCAACUGAUGUUCCAGUUAUUAUAGGGAGUGAUCAGUAACACUGGUGUUAAAUGGAUGGAGCAUUCCAGAAUCAUCUCAUUUGUCAGUUAUUUUCAUAGGUAGUGAUCAAUAAUAAUAUAGUAAACAUUGGUGUAAAAUAAAUGGAAGGUGCUAGAUUCAACAGAUGUUCCUGUUAUUGUAUGAAGUGACAAAUAACAUUGGUACUAAAUGGAUGGAACAUGCUAGAAUCUUCUGACUCUCUUGUAACUGUAAGGAGUCAUAGAUACUAAUGAUUUUUGAAAGGAUGGAAUAUGUCAGGCACUACUGAUAAACCUGUUAUUAUUUUAGUUAGUGAUUAAUAACAUUGAUGUAAAAUGGAUGGAGCAUGCUGGACUGUACGGGUGUAUCAGUUAUCAUUAUAGGCAUGGAUUGUAGAUGAAACAUGCUAGACUCUUCAAAAGCAUUAAAAGUAGUGACAACACUGAUGUUAAAUACAUAAAAUUUGAUACCAAAUUUUGUAACAAGUGAUCACUAAUUACUCUUUAAGAAUAAAGGGAACACAAUAUAC